ACAGGAGACAGGAGCGGUUGCCAUGAGAACCACGGUCGCCCGGAUGUGAGGAGAUGCCGGCCGGAGCUGCCAGGGAUCGCCCGGUGCCUCAUCAGUGACAUGGGGGGCGGGUAGGAGGGGGGCCGGACGGGAGAGUGUUCGCGGCUCGGUGCGGGAUCUCGGCUUUCUCUGGAGGGGGCAAGGAUGGACGAGCCGGGGGAGCUCGAUGGAGGGGCGAACUAUGCAAGUAGCAAGCAACCUCCACUUGUUGACGGGUCGAGUCUUCAGUCCAGGGGUCCAGCACCAUCCAAGCAGACUGUCUUAUCUUGGCAAGCUGCAAUCGAUGCUGCCAGACAGGCUAAGGCUGCCCAGAAUAUGAGCACCGCUGAGCCCCUGCCGGUUGGAUCCCUGUCACAGAAAAAACGGCAGCAGUAUGCGAAGAGCAAAAAGCAAGGGGGAGGCUCAACAAACAACAGACCGGCCCGUGCCCUUUUCUGCUUGUCUCUCAAUAACCCAAUCCGGAGAGCCUGCAUCAGUAUAGUAGAAUGGAAACCAUUUGACAUAUUUAUAUUAGUGGCGAUUUUUGCCAAUUGUGUGGCCUUAGCUGUUUACGUCCCUUUCCCCGAAGACGACUCCAACUCCACCAACCAUAACCUGGAAAAAGUAGAGUAUGCCUUCCUCAUCAUUUUUACAAUUGAAACCUUUUUGAAGAUUAUAGCAUACGGAUUAGUAAUGCAUCCUAAUGCUUAUGUAAGGAAUGGGUGGAAUUUGCUGGAUUUUGUCAUAGUCAUUGUAGGAUUGUUUAGUGUAGCUUUGGAACAACUUAAUUUUGCUCCCAAAGAAGUUGAAGGAGGAACCCACUCAACUGGAAAAUCUGGUGGUUUUGAUGUCAAAGCUCUAAGAGCCUUUCGUGUGUUACGUCCCCUUCGAUUAGUGUCUGGUGUGCCCAGUUUACAAGUUGUUCUGAACUCCAUUAUUAAAGCCAUGGUUCCCCUGCUGCACAUCGCUCUUUUGGUCUUGUUUGUUAUUAUUAUUUAUGCUAUUAUUGGACUAGAACUUUUUGUUGGGAAAAUGCACAAAUCCUGUUUUCUCGCUGGCACUGACCUGCUAGCUGAAGAUGAACCUGCGCCCUGUGCAUUCUCAGGGAACGGGCGCGUUUGUCCUGUAAACGGUUCGGAUUGUAGGAGCGGAUGGGCUGGACCUAAUGGGGGAAUAACCAAUUUUGAUAACUUUGCCUUUGCAAUGUUAACUGUGUUCCAGUGUAUUACAAUGGAGGGCUGGACUGAUGUUUUAUAUUGGAUGAAUGAUGCUAUGGGAUUUGAAUUACCUUGGGUGUAUUUUGUCAGUCUCGUCAUCUUUGGGUCAUUUUUCGUGCUAAAUCUUGUUCUUGGUGUAUUAAGCGGUGAGUUUUCCAAGGAAAGAGAAAAGGCAAAAGCCAGAGGUGAUUUUCAAAAAUUACGGGAAAAGCAGCAACUAGAGGAAGAUCUGAAAGGUUACCUCGACUGGAUCACCCAAGCUGAAGAUAUUGACCCCGAGAAUGAUGAGGAAGGCGAUGAGGAGGGAAAGCGCAAUACGAGUAUGCCGACAAGUGAGACAGAGUCAGUAAAUACUGAAACUGCAGGGGAAGCGGAGAACACCGGGUGCUGCGGGAGUAUGUGUCAAUCAAUUUCCAAGUCUAAAUUCAGUCGACGUUGGCGUCGAUGGAACCGGUUUAAUCGGAGAAGGUGCAGAGCUGCAGUGAAAUCUGUUUCAUUUUACUGGCUGGUUAUCAUCUUGGUCUUUCUCAACACCUUGACUAUCUCAUCUGAGCACUACAACCAGCCUGAAUGGUUGACUCAAAUACAAGAUAUUGCAAAUAAAGUCCUUCUGGCUUGUUUCACCUGUGAGAUGUUAGUGAAGAUGUACAGCCUGGGCCUCCAAGCUUACUUUGUCUCUCUGUUCAAUCGAUUUGACUGCUUUGUGGUGUGUGGAGGCAUCACUGAAACCAUCCUGGUGGAGCUGGAGAUAAUGUCACCUCUGGGGAUAUCUGUGUUUCGAUGUGUCAGACUCUUACGAAUCUUUAAAGUAACCAGGCACUGGGCUUCCCUCAGCAAUCUUGUAGCAUCACUCUUAAACUCUAUGAAAUCUAUUGCUUCCUUAUUGCUCCUUCUUUUUCUUUUCAUCAUCAUUUUCUCACUACUUGGAAUGCAACUAUUUGGGGGCAAGUUUAACUUUGAUGAAACGCAGACAAAAAGAAGCACUUUUGAUAACUUCCCCCAGUCUCUUCUAACAGUAUUUCAGAUACUAACGGGAGAAGACUGGAAUGCUGUUAUGUAUGAUGGGAUUAUGGCAUAUGGCGGGCCAUCUUCUUCAGGAAUGAUUGUAUGUGUGUACUUCAUCAUACUGUUUAUCUGUGGUAACUAUAUUCUACUCAAUGUCUUCUUGGCCAUUGCGGUGGAUAAUCUGGCAGAUGCGGAGAGUUUGAACACUGCGCAAAAAGAAGCUGCAGAGGAAAAGGAGAAGAAAAAGAGCGCAAGGAAAGAAAGUCUGGAGAACAAGGAUGGAGAAAAAGGGGAUAAUAAUCGGAAAAAAGCGAUUGAGGCAAAGGUUUCAGUUGAUGAAGAAGCAGAGGAAGACAAGGAGCAUCCAGAGCCAGAUGAGGAGGAGGAAGAGGAACCAGAAGUACCAGCAGGUCCUCGUCCACGUCGGAUGUCUGAGCUAAAUAUGAAAGAAAAGAUAAUUCCGAUUCCGGAAGGCAGCGCCUUUUUUAUCUUCAGUAACACUAACCCGAUUCGUGUAGGCUGUCACAAACUUAUUAACCAUCACAUCUUCACCAACCUCAUCCUAGUGUUUAUCAUGCUGAGCAGUGCGUCACUGGCAGCUGAAGAUCCCAUCCGCAGCCAUUCCUUCCGGAAUAUAAUUCUUGGUUACUUUGACUAUGCUUUCACAGGAAUCUUUACAGUUGAAAUCUUCUUAAAGAUGAUGACAUUUGGAGCGUUUCUUCACAAAGGCUCUUUCUGCAGAAAUUAUUUUAAUUUAUUGGAUUUAUUGGUUGUUGGUGUUUCCUUGGUUUCUUUUGGUAUACAGUCCAGUGCUAUAUCUGUGGUCAAGAUCUUAAGAGUCCUGAGAGUGCUCCGACCCCUGAGAGCCAUUAACCGAGCAAAAGGGCUAAAGCAUGUCGUGCAGUGUGUGUUUGUCGCUAUCCGAACUAUUGGUAACAUCAUGAUCGUGACCACAUUGCUACAGUUUAUGUUUGCUUGUAUUGGCGUUCAGCUGUUUAAGGGCAAGUUUUACCGAUGUUCAGAUGAAGCAAAACAGACCCCAGAAGAGUGCAAAGGAAAGUACAUUGUGUAUAAGGAUGGAGACGUCAACAGCCCCUCUAUCCGAGAGAGACAGUGGCAUAACAGUGACUUCAAUUUUGACAAUGUCCUGUCCGCCAUGAUGGCGCUCUUCACAGUUUCCACCUUUGAGGGAUGGCCAUCACUCCUGUACAAGGCCAUUGAUUCCAACGGCGAAAAUGUUGGUCCCAUCUACAACAACCGAGUGGAAAUCUCCAUAUUCUUCAUCAUCUAUAUCAUCAUCAUUGCUUUCUUCAUGAUGAACAUAUUUGUGGGUUUUGUUAUCGUCACAUUUCAAGAACAGGGAGAAAAAGAAUACAAGAACUGUGAGCUGGACAAAAACCAGCGGCAGUGUGUGGAGUAUGCACUAAAGGCCCGUCCUCUCAGAAGAUACAUUCCCAAGAACCCCUAUCAGUACAAGUUCUGGUAUGUCGUCAACUCCACUGGCUUUGAGUACAUCAUGUUUGUUCUCAUCAUGCUGAAUACACUGUGCUUGGCUAUGCAGCAUUAUGGACAAUCUAAAAUCUUUAAUGAUGUCAUGGAUGUGAUGAAUAUGGUCUUCACUGCCGUCUUCACUGUAGAAAUGGUUUUGAAGCUUAUAGCUUUUAAACCUAAGCACUAUUUCACUGACGCUUGGAACACAUUCGAUGCCUUAAUUGUUGUCGGUAGCGUCGUAGAUAUUGCUAUAACCGAAGUUAAUCCACCAGAAAUUGACCCAACUGGGCCACCUACGCCAAUGCCAACUGAACAAGGCCCCACCGGGGACCCAGCGAGCUCCGAAGACAGCGCCCGCAUCUCAAUUACCUUCUUCCGACUAUUCAGAGUCAUGCGACUCGUGAAACUUUUAAGCAGGGGUGAAGGGAUCCGAACGUUGCUGUGGACAUUUAUUAAGUCUUUUCAGGCUUUACCUUAUGUCGCCCUCCUUAUUGCGAUGCUGUUUUUCAUCUACGCUGUGAUUGGCAUGCAGGUUUUUGGGAAAGUUGCCAUGAGGGAUAACACCCAAAUUAAUAGGAAUAACAACUUCCAGACAUUUCCGCAAGCCGUUCUGCUGUUGUUUAGGUGUGCCACUGGGGAGGCCUGGCAGGAUAUCAUGCUGGCGUGCUUACCAGGAAAGCGUUGUGACCCGGAAUCAGACUUCAACCCCGGGGAGGAGUACACAUGCGGGAGCAAUUUUGCCAUUGUCUAUUUCAUCACCUUUUAUAUGCUAUGUGCAUUCCUGAUCAUUAACCUGUUUGUGGCUGUCAUCAUGGACAACUUUGACUACCUGACUCGCGAUUGGUCCAUCCUGGGUCCUCAUCACUUGGAUGAAUUUAAAAGAAUAUGGUCUGAAUAUGAUCCAGAGGCCAAAGGAAGAAUCAAACACCUGGACGUGGUUACUCUGCUCCGCCGCAUUCAGCCUCCUCUGGGCUUUGGGAAAUUGUGCCCUCACAGAGUCGCUUGUAAGAGACUGGUUGCCAUGAACAUGCCACUGAAUAGUGAUGGGACAGUGAUGUUUAAUGCCACGCUGUUUGCCUUGGUUAGAACUGCCCUGAAAAUUAAAACCGAUGGAAAUCUAGAACAAGCUAAUGAGGAACUCAGAGCCGUCAUCAAAAAAAUAUGGAAGAAAACAAGUAUGAAACUUCUGGACCAAGUAGUGCCCCCUGCAGGCGAUGAUGAGGUAACCGUGGGGAAGUUCUAUGCCACCUUCCUGAUACAGGACUACUUUAGGAAAUUCAAGAAGCGCAAGGAACAAGGACUGGUGGGAAAAUACCCUGCAAAGAACUCCACCGUGGCACUACAGGCUGGCCUGAGAACACUUCAUGACAUCGGCCCUGAAAUCCGCCGAGCAAUAUCAUGUGACCUGCAAGAUGAUGAGCCGGAGGAAAACAACCAUGAGGAGGAAGAAGAAGAUAUAUACAGGAGAAAUGGUGGUCUGUUUGGAAACCACGUCAAUCAUGUUGCCAAUGACAGACGUGAUUCCUACCAGCAAACUAAUACUACCCGGCGUCCCCUACAUGUGCAGCGACCAUCUAUACGUUCUGCCAGUGACACUGACAAGUCUGUCUAUUCCCACACUGGAAACUCCAUACAUCACAAUCACCAUAACCAUGAAUACUCUGGGAAACAUGUAUCCAACUCCACAAAUGCCAACCUCAACAACGCCAAUGUGUUCAAACCUAUGAAUGGGAAACAUACCAGUCUGUCAGUCCAUGAUCACACAUCUCAGAACGGUUACUACUCUUACUCUAGAAAUGACUACCAGAAACCCCGAAAGUCCAGUAUAAAAAGGACCCGCUAUUAUGAGAGUUAUAUUAGAUCGGAGUCUGGAGAAAGGAAUAUGCCUGUCAUCUUCCGUGAAGAUCCUGACUUCUUGGACUACAGUGAGGAUCCUUACCUGGGGGAACCUGAGUACUACAGUGGGGAUGAGUGUUAUGAAGAGGACACCAUGCUUUCUGGUGACAGACAACUGUAUGAGGAGCCAACAUUGUAUCCAGCCAGUGACUUAGACUAUGAGCGACCCAAAGGUUACCACCAUCCGCACAGCUUCUUUGAAGAAGAUGAUCCUCAGAUAUGUUAUAAAUCAAGGAAAUCGCCAAGAAGGAGAUUACUGCCUCCAACUCCGCCAUCAAACAGAAGAUCUUCAUUUAAUUUUGAAUGCCUUCGAAGACAAAGCAGUCAGGAUGAAAUACCUCUGUCCCCAACUUUUCAUCACCGCACAGCAUUACCCCUACAUCUAAUGCAGCAGCAGAUUAUGGCGGUGGCUGGUCUGGACUCCAGCAAAGCUCAGAAACAUUCACCAUGUCGCUCUACUCGGUCUUGGGCCACUCCUCCGGCAACUCCAAACCACAGGGAUCGUACCCCAUUCUACACCCCCCUCAUCCGGGUAGAUCGUGCGGAGUCUAAGGAGCAAAUGAAUGGGAGUCUCCCGUCCUUGGAGAGAAGCUCAUGGUACACCGAUGACACAGAUAUUUCAUAUAGGACCUUUACACAAUCCAACCUGACUGUGCCCAAUGACUUCCGGAACAAACAGAGCGACAAACAGCGGAGUGCGGAUAGCCUUGUGGAAGCUGUGCUAAUCUCAGAGGGUUUGGGAAGAUACGCCCGGGAUCCUAAAUUUGUAUCAGCCACAAAACAUGAAAUUGCUGAUGCUUGUGACAUGACUAUUGAUGAGAUGGAGAGCGCAGCCAGUAAUCUCCUCAAUGGCAGCAUUCGUAAUGGGACAGCAGGGGGCGAUAUGUUCCCCAUCCUAAGUAGGAGAGACUAUGAUCUUCAAGACUUUGGUCCUGGGUACAGCGAUGAGGAACCGGACACCAAUAAAUAUGAGGAAGAUCUAGCUGAUGAAAUGAUUUGUAUAACAACAUUAUAGUAUUUAAAAAAACAAAAACACUUAGAAUUCUAUAAAACAUAAAAAGUGCCUCUCAAUCAAUGAAGGAUGGCACUACAUGGGAGGACUGACCAGUCAAGCUUUGUGUGACAGAACAAGCCAUGGAUGCAUGGAUAAGAGUACGGAGCAGCUUCCUGGCACGUUUGUUGUUGGUAGACUACAGCUCCCACUAGCCAGGUAUCGGAGGAUGGCGUGUGUAUACGGACACAACGGCUCAAGAACUGGAGUUCUAAGUGAUGGCGGAUGAUGGUCAAACCAUAUUGUGUUAUAAAUGAACAGUAUGCCGCAUGUUGCACCUGAAUCAGUGAUGCAAAUAUGUGAUAUAUGGUGAUGACAAUCAAAAUGCCCUCGUCAUUACCCUCAGCCAUACACAUCAUAUCAGAUCUGGUCACUUCCGUCUUUACCAGCGGCGCUCAGGCCCCUUUGUCUUCUGCAGUCUCACCCUAUAGAGCCAGGUUGUGGGUCCACAUAGGAUGGACUCAUAACAUAUGGUCCAGAAUGAUCACCCCUGUAUAAUGUAAAGUUACCUUUACAUAGAGAAUAUAUCAUUUCAAUAGUCAACUUUUUUUUUUUGACUAUCACAUUAAGGGCAAAUGACACUGGAAUAGCUGCAAAUAAUGCACUGAUACCCAGAAUAAAGUCAAUAUGUUUUAUGUAAAUGACCUGUAAUAUACGACGAUUUGUAUUUGUAAAGAGAUGUUCUAUAUUUUGUAAUCAUUUACGGUAAAUUGAACUGCAGCAAUAUCUACUGGUUUCUGACUUUAUGUAGUUCUCCACAAAGAUGAAAAAUGCUAUUAUUUUUUUUCCUGCCAUUCCAUAGAGAUCUAGAACAAUAUAUUCUUAGUCACAUGAAAAAAGGAGUUUUCAAAUCAAAAUUUAUUAAGAAAUUUAAAGGAAAAACAAAUAUUUUAUGUCAAAUUGAACAUUAUUAUAACCAGAAAAGAUCUGCAUAACAUAUGCAAUUAUUUGUGCGAUAUGAAAUUACCGAGUGCUUGUUAUUUUUUUCAUGUGACGUUGAGCUGUGAAACUUUUUAAUCUGCAAUGAAACUUUUACCAAAAAUUUUUUUUAAGUUUAUCUAAAAAAAAAGAAAAAAAAAAUCAGAAUCCAUUUUGUUAUACUGAUUUUGUUUCAAACCUUAUAAAAGGUUUCUUUGGUGUUGAUAGUAUUCUCUCACUUAUUCCGUCAUAUUCCAAAGCAGCAUUGUAUAGGAAUUCAAGGGUUUUAACACCCAACACGGCAAAUUCUAUAUGACAUUCCAGUAUAUGAGAUCAGUGAUGACUAGAACAGCUAAAGGCGGCCAUAUAUCCACAAUAAUACUCAUCUCCCUAUACAACACAUCCUAUUAGUAGAGCUUUGGUUUUUAAGCCAGGUCUUAGCACAAAUACAUGUAUACCAUAUACUGCAGGCUCCAUGCACAGUCUAUAAGCAUUGUGAUGUUUUAAAGGGGUACUCCGGCACUUAGACAUCUUAUCCCCUGUCCAAAGGA